AUGGCCCGAUGCUUCCGGGCGGGGGGCAAGGCGAAGGGCGCCUCUCCUCGGCGUAGCGACAAGCAGUUUUUGCGCUUCCACGACGACGCCUCGGCGUCGGCGGGGCCAGGCCUCGGCGCCGAGGCGGGGAAGGUGCUACAGCGCAUCGCCGACCGGCUCUCAGCCGUCAGCCCGGUCCCCCUCUCCGGUUUCGCCCUCCCCGAGAAUCCGUUUGCAGCGAGGGCGCUCGCGCUGCGCCUGUCACCCGACGACUCGCCCAGGAAGCGGCCGGAAAGCCCACAGCAGCCUAGCUCGAAGGCUAGCUCGAUGGCCCAUUUCAGCAGUGAGGGGGGCAUCAGCCUCACAUGCCUCUACGGCCUCGUCCGCAUCCUGUACGAGAGCUUGGGCGGGGCCCGCGACGGUUCUUCCGAGACCGGCUCGGCGAGGACCAAGCCAGGGACGUCGCCCGCGCCAGCGCUCGGCGUGGCUACCGCGCUCGAGAUUGAGGAGGGGGCGGCGUGCCGCUUCUGUUUCGAAGGCGGCACGGACUCGCCGCUCGUAGCUCCUUGCUCCUGCAGCGGCACGCUUCGGUGGGUGCACGAGGACUGCCUGCGGAAGUGGCAGAAGACGUCACCCUUCACCGCAUCCGCAUGCAACGUCUGCAUGACGACCUUCGCGCUUGCGCCGCCAAAGCCUCGGCAAGUGCGCGCGGGGAUGCUGCUGGUGGCGGAGCCGUCACUGCACGGCACAUUCUCCCAAGCCGUCAUCCUCCUCUGCGAGAUCACCCCCGACGGCGCACACGGCAUAGUGGUCAACUGUCCGAGCGAGGUGAUGCAGUCCACAAGCCUUGCGGUCGCCUACGAGGUGUCGCGCCUCCGCCAGAGCGGAGGGUCGGGGCCGGGCUCGCCAGCCAGCCCUCUGAUGAUCGAGUGGCGGCGCGGCGGGCCCGUGUGCGGGGGCCGGCUCGGCGUCGUGCGCUACACGCUGAUGCACACUCUCGGCUCGCGGUUCGGCUCGAUCGAAGUGCUGGGCGCGGAGGAGGUGGCGGCGGGGACGGGCGAAUCCGUGGUGGCUCGCUGGAGGGGUGCCGACGGCGCGGCCGAGACGGAGUCUAGCUACGGGUUCCGCUCCCCCGCGGCCUUGGGCACAAACCACGCGGCGCGACUCAUCAACUCGCUCAGCGCGGUGGCGACCAUCGAGCACGCGGCUGCCCGCGCCGGCGCGGUGCCGCCGGUGGCGCUGCUCUUCGUGGGACACUGCCGGUGGGGGCGAGGGCAGCUGCAGGCGGAGCUCGCGCGAGGGAGCUGGCGCCUCUGCGAGGGGCGCGUGGCGGACGUGCUCGGCGACAACGUCCAGCUGUGGCAGGAGCUGCAGCGGAGCGGCAGGCUGCGGACCUGGGCGGAGUGGGCCUUCGAGGGGGCCGCGUGA